CGAUUUAAUGGCUUUGGAAUUUUUCUCUUCAUUAUUUAUCCUGGAGCAUUUGUUGAUCUGUUAACCAACCAUUUGCAACUUAUAUCACCAGUCCAGCAGCUAAGGAUAUUUUGUGCAGCCAUCUCCCAUCUGCUUGCUACCCAGUCCUGCUACGUGGGUCUCAGCCAUGGCCUCAGAGAAUCUUCUCUGUAUCACCACAGAAAAUUCAGAGAUUCCCGCUGAUUUUGUAGACCUGGAGCCACUUAAUGUCGAAGCGGUUUCUGGAAGAACCAGCUCAUUCCCAACCAUCGAAGUGUAUGAAGACGCAGGUGUCGAUUGGGCGCAUGGUGGCCACUACCACUCUCCUUUUAUUGCUCUGCAGCCUCUUGAGGGCAGCACCCUGAGUAAUGGGGAGCACGAUCAGGAUAUGAUCAUCAUCGAGACACGAGAGGAGGUGGUGGACUUCCAGGACUCAGACAACCUGCUAUUCAGUGCUGAAUUCGAAAGCCAAAUGGUUGUUCCAGGUGUUGAUAAAGAUGACUGUCUCCAGCCGACCAGUGCCUCCUUGUCAGGCUUCGCGGCGGCAGAGAAUGGUCAAGGUGAGCUCACCUGCUAUGAAGGGAAUCUCUGUAAUUUGACGACCAUUAUCGAGGCUGGCGUAGAAGGUGUGAGCCCUGACCUUGGCGACAGACAAUGGCAGCAGAAGCAGGCGGAAAUUGAAGCUCUUGAGGGAGCCUCUACUGCGUGGGAGGCUAAUGGACAAAAAAAUCCCGUGCCGAAAAGGCAGGCUGACGACGACUCACCUCCUGAUUACUCUGAGUAUAUGACGGGAAAAAAAUUUCCUCCUGAAGGAAUACCUGGCAUUGACCUGUCCGAUCCGAAACAGCUGGCAGAAUUUACAAGCAUGAAACCCAAAAAGCCCAAAGGAGACUAUCCAAGACCUAUAGUUUGCUCUCAUAUAGGCUGCGGGAAGAUGUUCAAGGAUAACUCCGCUAUGAAAAAGCACUUAAACAUCCAUGGGCCUCGAGUGCAUGUCUGUACAGAAUGUGGCAAAGCUUUUGUUGAGAGUUCGAAGCUGAAACGUCAUCAUCUGGUUCACACUGGAGAGAAGCCCUACCAGUGUACCUUUGAAGGCUGUGGAAAACGCUUUUCCCUGGAUUUCAAUCUGCGCACUCAUGUCCGAAUUCAUACAGGAGACAAGCCGUUUGUGUGCCCAUUUGAUGGCUGCAGCAGGAAGUUUGCUCAGUCGACCAACUUGAAAUCGCAUCUCUUAACACAUGUUAAGAACAAGUAAAAAGAAGUGAGAAGAUCCUUCUGAAGCCUGGGGAGUAUUUUACAGUGAUGUGCCUGGGAAUAAGAUGCCUCUCAUUUCAGUAGUUUCUAGGAAAGUUAUUGCAAAUGAAUUCUACAGAUCUGAGGUUUAUCUUUUGAUACAAUAAAAGUUAAAAGUUUUAUGUUGAUUAGAUGCCCUAUUUGUGCUGCAGUGAAGUUUUGUUAAGUUUGGUUUCAACAGGCUAGACUAACCUCACAUUGAUGCCAUGUGUUUUGUACUAAUAUACUUUUUGAAGCUUGGUUUCAACAAGAGACUAAUUCACGAACCUCAUAUUGUUGCUAAAGAUGACCUGUGUUUUUUUGCUGGAGUUUUUGGUUUCAAUAGGACACUAAAUAAUGAACUUCAUAUUGUUAAAAUAUCCUAUCUUCUGCAGUAGUAUUUUUAUGAAACUGGUUUCAGCAAGAUACUAAUUCACAAACCAGAUAUGCUAAAGUGACCGGUUUUAGUCCACAGUGGUGUUUUUAUGAAACUCGCUUUCAACAGGAGACUAACUCAUGAACCACUUUGUUUCUAAAGAUGGCCUGUGUUAUUUUGCUUUGAAGUGUUUAGAGAAGCUUGAUUUCAACAUAGAAUAAAUCACAAACCUCAUUGUUGCUAAGAUGCUCUGUGUUUUCUGCGAGGUGAUUUUUUUCUUUUGCAUUUUGGUUUCAACAGGACGCUAUAUCAUAAACCUCAUAUUGCUAAGGUAUCCUGUCUUCCUCUGAUGUGUUUUUAUAAAGUUUGAACAAGAGACGGUUUCAUAUGCUAAAAUGACUGCUUUAUUCUGUGGUGGUGUUUUUAUGAAACUUGCUAAUUCAUGAUCCUCAUAUUGCUAAGGUGUCCUGAAUUC